AUGCAUCCAAAGCUUAUGAUCUUACUGGCCUUAACGUCUUUGCCAACCUCUAUUUGCUUGGAGCCUAUCUUAGAGGCGACAGGUUCGGCUGAUGGUCCCCGACCAAGUGCGGUGAACCAGGAGAUGUAUCUUGAGCUGCUUCAUGCACUGGAACAGCUUCAACACGGAGAGACGAAAAACAACGCGGAAGAACAACGGCCCGAGAAACGCAGAUCUAUAUAUGAACGUGCAUGGGAUGCGAUUGCACCAUCACAUGAGUUUAAGGAGGGAUUAAAGAUAAUAUGGCUUCGCUGGAGUGAGUUCAAGCAAACGAUCCAUGACUUAAAUACGGAUAUGAACUGA